UAUCACAAGGUAAUAUUGUUGUUGAAUCACAAUUUAUACAAUAUGAUGGACAUUAAAAUUAGCAAUUAUAACAUAAAUCAUCCAAGACAUUAUUAUUAUCUUCACAUUAUUCAAAUCCUACUAUUUGAGUAUCCCCACAAAUUGGUUAGCAUUCUCCUAAUACCAUAGUAAAUCCUGAAUCACAACUAUUGCAAUUACUAUUAUGCCAUAUUAAUAAUGUACCACUACAUUUCUUAUAGCAUUAUUUGAGUAAGCUAUUUUCAAUAGAAGGACAACCUAAAAUAAAUAGUAACACUUACUUAUACAAACAUUAUUCACUUCUUAAAAACCAGGUUAACAUUUACAUUAUAACCCUUUUAAAAUUCUAUUUUGA